AUGAAGAACAUUUUCCUCAUUGGAGUAACUUUAAUCUCAGUAAUUGCCAAUAUCCAAAGCCUUGCUUCAAAAAACUUUGAAGAAACUUCCAAAUUUGAUAUCAGUCGCAAUGCCCAAAAAACAAGUGACAAUCAAAAUUUUACCUUUAAGGAAACAAGUGAAAUUAAAAAAAAAAUAGAAAUUAAUAUCCAUAAAAAUAAUAGUGAAAACAAUGUAAAUCCAAUUUAUUUGGAAGAUGUUGUGUACGCUUUAAAGAAUCAGAAUUGGACUGAGGACGAAAUACCGUGUUUGAAUCAUACGCUACGUCUGUUGGGGAGUUUGAAAAACUUCACUCUUUGGGCGGUUUGGGACUGGGAUUCAGUGUCGUCUCAACCACAAGGUCUUCUCUAUGGAAAUCGUUAUCAGCUAGGUAACUUCGAUCAAUGCAUGAACGCUCCCUGGUCCAAAACUAGCCCUGAAUUGAAGACUCAGUACUGUUUAGCGGAAAUUGUACUAGAGAGAACUGAUCACGUCGCGAGGCGCCGUAGUAACGGGCUCGUGGAGCCUUAUCAAUCUGCUUUGGAUUUUAUACAGCACCGCCCUAAAUACACAAGACCUCUAAACGAAAUAACAUGGGGUAGUUGCGUACCCGCGUCGUGCACUUCAAAAUCCGUAGAACGACUGAUGUUAACGUUGCUAUCCAGAAGUCAUUUGGGUAUGGCCGGUAUGCGCCCACGCAUCAAUGUGUCUGAGCCCUGUCAAGGACCUGACCAGCCUAGACGUUACGACGCGGUGUUUUAUUCUUUUAUGGCUGUAAUGGUCUUACUAGUGUCAAUUACUAUAGUUUGUACCUAUUUGAACCACAAGAAUCGAUGUGCGAGUAACAACAGUGUCAAAUAUGACAUAAUAGAGUCAUUUUGUCUGAAAAUUAACGCAAGGGUAUUGCUGGAGAUGAAGAAAGAGGGUUCUGAAGUGCUAUACGGAAUCCGAUUCUUAAGCAUUGUGUUAAUUGUAAUGUGCCACAUAAUGGGGAUAUUCAACUCUGGGCCUGUUAGUGAUGGCAUGAGAAUGGACCAGGACUCUUUAUCAGUGCUUGGCAUGUUUGUUCUCCACGACGAUCUUUUUGUAGAUACAUUCUUCUUUUUGUCUGGUUUCCUUGCCGCCUCCGCAUUCAAGACAAUCAAAAAGUCAAUUUUUAAUCCCUUUGUAAUCAUUGUGAAGAGAUACAUAAGAUUAUCAGUAGCCUUUGCGGUGGUAAUAUUCUGCUACUGCGCGAUCUUCCCAUACCUCGGCAGCGGCCCGCUUUGGAACCGAGUUGUGGCAGGCGAGACCGAUCCCUGCAGGAAAAAUUGGUGGCUCAAUUUGCUCAUGUUAAGCAACUACGUUGACAGUGAGAACAUAUGCAUAGUCAUCUCCUGGUAUAUUCCCUGUGACUUCCAUUACACUUUAGUGGCCAGUCUGGUAUAUUGGAUCUAUAAUCAUCAUCGAAGACUCGGCAUCAGCUGUGCUGUGAUACUCGCCACUGCGUCUAUUCUUACACCAGGGAUUAUUAACUAUAUCAGCCAUUUGCCUGCUGUGCAGCUUUUCGUUUACGAAUUCGUCAGAGACCCUCGAGCGAAUAAACAGUUCCAUGUAACCUAUAUUAAGAGUCACACUCGCUUUGCUCCUUAUAUCAUCGGCUUUUUUGCCGGUUACUUCUACGCUGCGUGUAGAUUGACCGGAAAUCUCAAAAGGCUUUCAAAGACAUGGUCAAUAAUCGGCGCGAGCGCAGGUUUUGCGAUAAUGCUAACAAUAAUGCUAUUAGGACCGACAUAUCUCUGGAGGUCGUACCACCCACUUGAGGGCGCUUUAUACGCUGCUCUGAAUCGCGCAAUUUGGGCUGGCGGAUUGGCAUUACUUAUUUUGUGCUGCAUGUUAGGACAUGUUCCGCUAGUACAAGGAUUCCUAAGCUGGUAUCCAUGGGUUCCAUUGAGCAGGCUGACAUACGGCUUGUAUUUGACACAUUGCAUCUUCAUAUCACGUAACGUGUUCGUUACUCGAGGAUCGCGGUAUAAUGACUACUUGCAGUUGUUCACCGAAGGGAUAGGUGUAUUAAUGUUGAGCUGUCUUUCUGCUUUUAUUAUCUGGCUAUUGGCUGAGGCCCCUGUCAACAAUCUGUGUACAGUAUUUUUGAAGUCUAGAACAAAGCUAUCAAGCAUAGAAGAUACUAAUCCCGAAAAUAAGAACACAUCAACUAUAACAAUAGCAUCCAACACAACGCAAGGACAUCUAGAAGCUAACCUGCCGUCAACUGUGCAAUGUUCUUCUAAAAUUUAGACUAAGAAAACUAAACAAUUUUAAAUGUACAAAUUGGAAUUACGACGUACCUUAAAAAAAGUUAGUAAUUCUGUUUAUAUAAAAGAAAACAAUGUUUUAUUUUUAUGGAAGCAUUUCGUCCUUGUAGCUCUAGUAUGUGGACAUUGCAGGCAUCGUGUUUACUGGAUCUGUCCAAGCAUCAGCAAGAAACUGUAUCGGUAUCUUUGUGCAAAGAAUAAAAAGUAAAAAAUACCAGAAUCCCUAACACCGGCUACUUAUUCGCACUCUGCAGAUUUUAAUUUCUAAGUCUCUAGAGUUCCAAUACCCUUUCUUACUAAAAAAAUAAUGGAUCGACUGAAGAUCCAAAGUUUGUCUACCUUUCUCAACGUAUUAGCAUAACCAUUUAAAAAGGGAAAGCUGCCAGCAUACGCGAAGGUCCUUCUCAUAUACAGCCCUUCUCAUAUACAGCCCUUCUCAUAAUCGCCUGGAUACGAUUAUUCCGGAAAUAUAAGAGAUAUCAAAAACCUUUAUAUUGAUAUCGAAAGUACGUUACCUAAUGAGUGAAAUGACAUUAAUAACUUUUUUAAAUAAAACUAGGAAUAUCCAAAUUUUAACGUUAAAAUGACAAUCGUAAAUAGGCUUUAGUUGACCUAUUUGAAGAGGUAACAAUAAGUUUACACAUAACAAAACAGCUAUAAAUAAAGUAGUAAGGCUACCUUUUCAUUGUAUAAAACAAAAUGAUGAUUAUUUUUAAGGAAGUACAAAAUAAUGUUGUAUAGUUCGAAAUUAAAUAAAAGAUUCCAACACAUGAACCCUCUACGUGCACUACAUUAACUAUAACUUAAUUAACUAUUAAUUUCGUAUACUAUGUCAUAAAUUACUUGCAAUUUUCAAAUAUAUUAAAGGUAAUAUAAAAAUUUAAAUCCUCAAAUUAAUUAAAAUUAAUAAGUAGAUAACCGAAAACCUAUGUCACAACCUAAAAGUAUUUUUAAAGUGAAUUAUUAUUGUUUAUUUUUUAUGUAAUUAUGCUUUAUCACGCAUGUUAUAUUUGCCUAACAUUACAAUUUCAGAGAGUUGUUACACUUUUGGUGAUGAACCAUUACAAUAAUGUAGAGCUCGAGCACUUAGAUAACGGUAUUUAGGAAGCAUUUAAAACACGAACGUAGCCUUGCUCAUUAAACUGCGUUUGUAAAAUAAAUAUUGUUAAUUAUCAAAUAGCGAUUUAUACUUAAAAUAUACGUAUAAAGGGAGCUAGAUUUACUUUUAUUUUUGUAUUUGCAAUUUUAUAAACGCUUAAUUGAAUAGAGCGCCAUCUAACUGCCACGCAUUGUAUUUCUACGGUAUUGGUAUUACGACACUCAUCUCCACUAAGUAUUAUGUAAUCGUUGUAGUACUAAAACAUUCGCAUAGAUGUCACUCAGAUCAGAUGCAAAAUUAAGAAAAUUAAAUAUUGUAACUUCAAAUUUCGUCUUUACUUGUCUUACUAUUUCAGUCGUAUUAUUUUC